AUGGAGGCAAAGCUUGCGGCGUACAGAUUACAAAAACGUCGUCAAGCAAUGGUUGAGAAUGCUAAAAAAACUUUUCAUCAAACUCUCACAUCCUGGGAAGAUAAAUCUCGUGCUUAUUUAACACGUCGUGAGGACAAGGAUGAAAUUGAGAGUGUUACCUCUGAGGAGAGUAUUGACAUUUCACCUCAACAAAAUCCUGUUAUGACACGAUUAAUUUAUCUUCUGUAUUUUUUACUAUGGGCAACAUUGUAUAUGGUGGCAAUACAAUUUGAAUUUGGUGCAGUUUACUUUAUUCUAUCAGCGUUAUUUUUUAUAUGGAAAAACACACGAUCAGGACCAAAGAAAAAGGGUGAAGUUAGCGCUUAUUCUGUAUUUAAUCCAAACUGUGAAGCAAUUCAAGGUACUAUCAAUAUGGAACAGUUGGAAAGAGAAAUGGGCUUUGGAGUACCAAUUCAUUCCAGAUGA